CAUUUGUGAUCGACUAGUUUGUUGUGAUCGGUUCUUGAUAUACGUAAAUGCGAACAGUAUAUAUCAAUCAAUUUAAAAAAGUUUAUUUUGCUUUUUUUAUAUUGUGAUAAUUUUUUACAUAAUAUUAAAAGAAUUUUUGUUAAAAAAAUAUUUCCGCAAAAAUUUGCAUGUGCCAAAUAAAAUUUCAAAAUACGACGAGAGAUCCUUUGAAAAAUCGUUAUGUGAUUUGUAAAUAAUUACAAAAUGUGCAGAUGCUCAUGUUUUGCAUUUACGCAAAAAGUUCAAACAAAAAAUAUCAAAUUUUAUAUCGGAAUUAUCUUCUUUUCGCGAAGAAAACCCUGAAAUGUACAAUAUAAAGAUUUUGAUCAAGUAUAAAAUCACGUAACGGGAAAUAUUCGAAUAAUUGAUGAAAACUCAAGAUCGAUUUGAAGAAGAAGAUGCAUUCAAUGCGCUUGAUGUUCUUUUUCAUCGUGUCAUCAGUAUGCAGCUUGACCGCGCAGCCGACAUUCUUCAAAAGCACAUUCAAGGGACUGGGCGACAUUGUAUCAAAUCCUUCUGCGCCUUCGAAUGACGAGAUACGAGUCGUUUUUUACCACGAACAGACAGUGGCCGUGAUCAAUCUCGGUCCAAGCAAUGAAUUACGCGAUUGCAAUAUUAUCGAAGUAUAUGAGCCGUCCGAAGCUACCGAAGUUUUACGAAACUUGUCUAUGAUUUUACAACCACAAGUGGUAUCCUUUCAGGAGAUAACGAGACUCAUGCAACAGUGCGAAUUGUUAGACAAACUCCAGGUGAAAGCCACGUCCGCUUUGCCGAUGAACGCAUUGAGCAGAGCCGCUAGUUCAAUCACUCUGUUCUCUGGUAUUUUACCAGGCACAAAAUGGUGUGGUACGGGUGACAUAGCUGAAAAUUAUCAUGAUCUGGGCGAUCUACCUCACAUCGACAGAUGCUGUCGUACCCAUGAUCUUUGUCCUAUAAAAGUCCGAGCUCAACAGACUCGAUACAAUCUUACAAAUUACUCCUUGUAUACUAAAUCACAUUGUACUUGCGACAAAACGCUUUAUCAAUGUUUAAAAGCUGCCAAUCAUCCAACGGCAAAUUUGAUGGGACAGAUAUACUUCAAUAUCAUCAAAGUUCCAUGUAUAGAAGACACAAAGAAAAACCGAUAUUCUUCCUCGUCAAGAAAGUUUGUACCUGUGAAAAAAGAAUAUUAGAAUUCGACGAUGUAUAUCAUAACUGUACAUAAUAUACUGAUACAUGUAAAUUAAAUAUAUAUUAAAAUAGUAAUGAAAA